AUGGUCCUUUGCACACGCCGCGGUUGCGGGAUUGAAUUCGACCCAGCAACCACCUCGUCAGCUGCAGCAUCCUGCAGCUACCAUCCUGGAGCACCUGUCUUCCAUGAAGGGCUGAAAUCAUGGUCCUGCUGCAAGGACACCAACAAACCCGUCAUGGAGUUUGAUCAGUUCCUAGCUAUCCCCGGCUGCAGCACUACGAAUGCCCAUUCCACCGAAAAGCAAGCUUUACCCACCAUAAAAAACGGAGCUGUCGUCGACGACGCCGACCCGCUACCAGCUGCCGCCGAUGUUCAAGCAGAGUCCAAGCGUGCCAACGCCAAAGAAAUGUCUGCAAAGGCGGAUAACACAGCUGAUAUUCUCCAACCUCUUUCCGGCAUGUCUCUGCUUGCAGCGCAGAACGCAACCGCCGCUCAAUCUACAUCCUCGCCCACCAACCAGCCACACGCCCAAGAUCAAGCUGUCGAGGAGCAGGAUCCCGCAGAUGCAGAUGCCACGCUUUCGCCUGGAGUCGUCUGCAAGCGCGCAGGCUGUGGGUACAAGCAUGAUGGUGGUGUCCGUGAUCGAUCCAGCGAAUCGUGCAAGCAUCACAAGGGCUCACCCAUCUUUCACGAAGGCUCCAAAGGCUGGUCGUGUUGCAAACGAAGAGUACUCGACUUCAAUGACUUUUUGCAGAUCCAGCCAUGCACCACCUCGAAAUUCGGCCAUCUCUUCGUCGGUGCAGCUAAACCUGCUGCUCUCGAUGCUACAGACGACGAAGAGAGGGUUGAUUGCAGGAUGGACCAUUACGAAACUCCCAACGACAUACGUCUCUCUGUCUAUGCAAAGGCGGUAGAUGCUGCCAACAGCUCGAUCGAGUUCAAACAAGAUGCCGUCGUCUUUUCGCUCUCCAUGCCCCCAACAAACGCUUCGUCUCGACCACGUCGCUUCCGAAAACUACUCAAGCCUUUUGCUCCCAUCGUUCCUGCCGACUCGUCGUUCAACAUUACCAAGUUCAAGGUCGAUCUCGUCCUCACCAAGCAGCAAAAGGGCCACAGUUGGCCUUGCCUUGAAUCCGGCGAUCGAGUCAUUGGCUACGGACUCACUUUUGGUCGUGACAAAGACAAAUAA